GAAAGAAGAACAAGCUGCGCGUGUACUAUCUCUCCUGGCUGAGAAACAGGAUUUUACACAAUGACCCUGAAGUGGAGAAGAAGCAGGGCUGGAUCACGGUCGGGGACCUGGAGGGAUGUAUCCACUACAAAGUCGUGAAAUAUGAAAGAAUCAAGUUCUUGGUGAUUGCCUUAAAGAAUGCUGUAGAGAUCUACGCUUGGGCUCCUAAACCAUAUCACAAGUUUAUGGCAUUUAAGUCUUUUGCAGAUCUCCAGCACAAGCCGUUGCUCGUGGAUCUCACUGUAGAAGAGGGUCAGAGACUCAAGGUUAUCUUUGGAUCACACACUGGUUUCCACGUGAUUGAUGUAGAUUCCGGGAACUCCUACGAUAUCUAUAUACCAUCUCACAUUCAGGGCAAUAUUACUCCUCACGCCAUUGUCAUCCUGCCUAAAACGGACGGGAUGGAGAUGCUUGUGUGCUAUGAGGAUGAGGGCGUCUAUGUGAACACCUACGGCCGGAUAACUAAAGACGUGGUGCUGCAGUGGGGAGAAAUGCCUACUUCUGUGGCCUACAUUCAUUCCAAUCAAAUAAUGGGCUGGGGAGAGAAAGCUAUUGAAAUCCGGUCAGUGGAGACGGGACAUUUGGAUGGAGUAUUUAUGCACAAGCGAGCUCAAAGGUUAAAGUUUCUAUGUGAAAGAAAUGAUAAGGUAUUUUUUGCAUCGGUGAGAUCCGGAGGAAGCAGCCAAGUGUUUUUCAUGACCCUCAACAGAAACUCCAUGAUGAACUGGUAACAGAGGAGCACUUGGCACUCACCGCGAUGGCAUUAUUUCUAAUUUAAAGGACAUUGAACACGUGGACUAACACUGUAGAGGCAGAUGCGGAGGACCCCGAGCAACACCGCUCCCCCGGCGCCGUCAGCCCUGGGGCGGGGGCUGCGGGCAGGGAUGGACUUUCGCGCUUGGACCCCCCGAGGUCUCCUGAUUACGCUGUGUUAUAGUGGGUUAUGAGUUUUCCUUUAUUUUAUUCUAUUUUUUUUUUUUAAUUUUACUUUUUCUUUGUCCCCUACUUUGUAAGAACGGGGAAAGAAACAGUGUCAAAAAGUCUGUUUUUAAUUCUGUCUGCCUGCUAGCAUCAAAUAUAUAGUAUGUUGUAAAGUUACCAAUUAAAUCUGGUGAGAGACAGCACAAUAAAUGUACCUUUUAUCUUUGUGAUGAAGGCCAUAACCAUAUAGCUGGGCAAUUUUAGGAAUCUUUUGCCUUCACCAACAUUUACAUGUUGCUUUUGGCAGCAACGGCUUAACGGAUUUUUAAAGAAGAGAAAAAAUAAUAGGUUUUUUUCCCCUCUUUUGGGAAAUGGAUUUUAAAUGGCUAAACUACUAGCCUUAGACUAAUAAAAAUCAGCUACCAUUUUUGUCAAGUCUGUCAAUCCAUAUUUCUAUAUGGAUCUUCACAUAAUGGUGUGUCUUGAUAGGGACAGAGGUGCCAUUUGUUGUUGCUCCGGAGGUGCCCGCCUGCCCCGGGGCUUGGCCGUGGGCGCGGGGACAGGGGAUCGGAGGAGGAGGAGGAGAGGACGGCGGAGCGGUCGGAGGAGCCCCGCGCUCGCCCCCGAGGCGGGAUUUGUGGCCGCAGAUGGCUCCCGGGAUGCCGCGGGCGCCGGACCCCGAUGCCGGCGCGAGCUGUGGGUGCUCGUCGCCCCCCGCCCUGAGCCCGGAGCCGGGUGCUGGCGUGCGGAGGCAGCCGGUGUGGGGACGGGGACCGAGAAACGAGCUGCCCCGUCCCCCGCGUUGCUGGAUUGGGCUUGUAAAGAGCUUAAAAAAAAAAAUAUAUAUGUGUGGUUUCUUUGGCCAAGGGUCUGAAUCUCUACUCGUUGUCCACCCCCUCCGCUCCCUAGGAAUUACCCAACAUACAGUGGAAGAGAACAUCUGUGCCGAACCGUGUGUGUGUGUUUAGUUCAGGUUGAAUCGUGUCCUUAUAAACUCUGCUCAGUUGAUUUCCGUUUUCGGUGCGUAUCUGGGGUUUUCUUUCUCAGUAGCUGCAAGCAUGGCCGCCUGUGGUGUUGGGGUGUCGCAUAACAAGGUCUGUGUUGCUGGUUUUAACCUACCUCGUUUCGGUUGGGGUUUGUUUUUUUCGUUUGGUUUCUUUUUUUUUUUUUUUUUCUUUUUCUUUUUUUUUUUUCCGUUCCGCUGUCGAUCACAGCGCUGUUACCUCCAGCGACAUAUAGAGAGCUUAACUGGCAAUCUUGGUGUACUCAGUAACGAUGGCUUUAUUAAAAAAUGAUUAAAUCAA